AGGCGGCGUCACUGUCUCCAAGGAGCGGUCUGGGGCACCGGUUUCAAAGUCGCAGGGCGGGCCGAGUGGACUUCCGCUGCUGGCCUCGGGCUUCCCGGCCGUCCUGAAGUCGCUCGUCGUUCUGCCAAGGACGCCGCCACCGGGCUGCCCGCCGGCUUCCUCGGCGCUCUCCUGAGUGGCUCGACACGACCCCGAGUGACCCGCGGGACGCAUAUAUCCACCCGCGUCCCUGGUCCCACCUGGCUGAGAUUCGAGUGAACGUGGAACAGAAUUCACGUGGCGGGUCCCCAGCAAACCAGAAAUUUGUAGUGUCUUUUGAGCGAGGGGUUCGGCUGGGACUCUGGGGAAGGAGACGCCGCGGGGCUAUUGACGCCGCGUGAGUAGGAUGCUAAUUACACUGCUCUAGUGCCAAACAACCUCCGAAGCGUUGCCUUACUUUUGUUUUCCCGCACAGCGAGGUUUGUGUCUUUUUGAGAAAAGGUGGUGAAUGCUCCAAACUAAAAUUGUAUCCAAAUAGACACAGAAAUCGACUUCCCGCGAGAACAAAAUCAAAGAUUAAAUGACAUUCUUAGGCGAUAUCAAAUGGAAAAUUUUUUCAAAUAUUCAUCAGUACAGAAAGCUGUCUUCAAAAGAGAUGGAGAUGACACAUUGGAAAACUCAGUCGUUGAUCAAAGCUUUUUAGCUCCUCUUAUUACUGAGUAUGAUAAGCGUCUGGAAGAGCUAAAUGGGCAGCUGAAAUAUUAUCAGAAACAGACAGGUGAAAUGAAACUACAGCUUGAAAAUGUCAUCAAGGAAAAUGAAAGGUUGCACAGUGAAUUAAAAGAUGCCGUUGAAAAGCAAGUGGAUGCCCUUCCCUUUGGCACAGAGAUGGGGAAUGAGAUAUAUACAGAUGAUGAAACAGUCAGGAAUCUUCAAGAACAACUGCAACUGGCCAAUCAAGAAAAAACUCAGGCUGUGGAACUCUGGCAGACUGUUUCUCAAGAGUUGAAUAGACUGCAGAAACUUUACCAGGAACAUAUGACUGAGGCCCAGAUUCAUAUAGUAGAAAGUCAAAAACAAAAGGAUCAGCUGACCAAUUUUCAACAACUAACCAAGCAACUUCAUGUUACUAAUGAGAACAUAGAAAUGACUAAUCAACACUUUCUGAAAACAGUAACUGAACAAAAUGUGGAAAUCGAGCAACUCCGAAAACAACUUAGGCAAGCCAAGUUAGAUCUGAGAGUUGCAGCUGCAAAAGUGGAAGAGUUAACUAAAGUGACUGAAGAUCUUCAAGGACAUGUGCAAAAGAAGGAGGAGGAUAUUGUGUCUGCCCAAGGAAGAGAGGAAGCAUCAGAUAGGCGCUUACAGCAGUUGCAAUCUAGUAUAAAACAAUUAGAAACAAGGUUAUGUGUGACAAUCCAAGAAGCUACCCAAUUAAGAGCAGAAAAAACACAUUUGGAAAAACAGACCACAGAGUUACAAGCAAAGUGCAAUGAAUUAGAAGAUGAGAAAUAUGAAGCUAUUGUGAGAGCCAGAAAUAGCAUGCAACUCUUAGAAGAAGUUAACCUUCAAAAAAAUCAGGCUCUGCUUGAGGAAAAGCAAAAAGAAGAAGAUAUAGAGAAAAUGAAAGAAACCAUUUCCCGGCUUCUGCAAGAUGCCUCCGUAAGAACCAGGAAGGAAGUUAUAAACGUAAGAAAACAAUAUUCUGUACAGAUUUCUCGACUAACAGAAGAACUUUCAGCCCGUCAAAUGGAGUGUGCUGAAAAACAAGACCAAAUUGAUCAAGCCAUUAGGGAGAAAAAAUCAGUGGAAGAAGAACUAGAAAAGAUUUACCAUGAAGGCAGAAUAAAUGAAAGUGAUUACAGAAAACUGGAAGAAAUGCACCAAAGAUGCCUGGUUGCAGAGUGUUCAAAAGAUGAUCUUCAGCUAAGACUUAAGACCGCAGAAAAUAAAAUCAAACAACUUGAAAUGAAUUCCUCAGAAGAGAUAUCACGUUGCCAAGAAAUGAUUCAGAAACUUCAAAAUGUACUGGAGUCUGAGAGAGAAAACUGUGGAUUUGUCAAUGAACAAAGGCUGAAACUUCAGCAAGAAAAUGAACAGUUACAGAAACAGACAGAGGAUUUAAGAAAGACUGCUCUCGAGGCUCAGAAAAAAGCCAAAUUAAAGAUCAGUACAAUGGAACAUGAAUUUUCAAUAAAGGAACAUGGGUUUGAAGUUCAACUGAGAGAGUUAGAAGAUAGUAAUCGAAAUUCCACUGUUGAACUGAGGCAUCUCUUAGUGACUCAACAGAAGGCAGCCAACAGGUGGAAAGAAGAAACGAAGAAACUCACUGAAAGUGCAGAAAUUAGGAUCAGCAAUCUAAAGAGUGAGCUGAGUCGACAGAAACUUCAUACCCAAGAGCUGCUUUCUCAGCUGGAAAUGGCAAAUGAAAAGGUAGUUGAGAAUGAAAAGUUAAUUCUAGAGCAUCAAGAAAAAUCCAACAGGCUUCAGAGGCGACUAAGUGAGGCGGAACAGAGAGCUGCUUCAGCCUCCCAGCAGCUCAGUGUGAUUACAGUGCAGAGAAGAAAAGCAGCCUCCAUGAUGAAUCUGGAAAAUGUUUAAAAGUAUACAUAGUUCACUCCCAGAACUUUAGAGUUGGGAAAGCUGUUGGACUAGAAGUGUAUUAAAAUGGUAAAACCUGCGUAGAAUGGUUAAGGCUUGUGUCAUUUUGCAUAAGCAUUUUCCAUUCUGUUUUGAGGGUUAUUGGAAAACAGAACAGUGACAGCUUCCUGUAAGUAAAGAAAAUAUAAUUCUAUAUUGAGCCUCAGUGGAGAAUAAAGCCAAUUGGGAAGAACUGAUUGCCUUCCUCGACAUGUCUAUUUUUUUUAAUUCCUCCUUUUUCCCUUGGAAGAGUGUAAUAAUUUUCAAACUGUUCUGAUCAUGAGUUUUAAGAAAAUGCUAGAAUUUCAAUAUUUCAGUUUCCAAGAUUUGAGAAUUUUGCAUCUAAUUGUUCCUCAUAGCUUAUUUUUAAAGUUCCCAAGUACCCAUAUUAUUAUGAACUCAUAUGUAAUAAAUUACACACUUUCUAAAAUGAUGCUGUCAUGUAUUUUAAUGUAUAAUUGUAGUGAUUCAUUUUUAACUUACACAAUUUCCAGUAUUUAUCAAAUAUUGAUAUUUAAGAAUUUGGGGAGGUUUUGGUCUGUUUGGGGUUUUGAGGGAGUUGGGUAGGGUUGUUUUGUUUUGUUUUUGCUGUUACUCAAAACAGUAUUAAUCAAAUGGAAUCUUAAGUUCUGAGACUGCAUGGGCAUUAAACUAUUGUGGUCCUAUUGAUUUCCAUAGAUCCAUGUGCUCAAUUAUUCUCUGCUCCUAGUUUGAACAUAGUGCACCCUGCUUUCUGUGAUUAGAGUAGAUGGGUUUGCAUCUGGACAAGUUAGGAGACCAUUGUAGUAGUCCAGAGAAAAUACAAUGAGUUAAUGAGUUAGAGGUGAUGUAGCAGCAUGCAUGUGUAAAUAUUCAACCAGCACAGAGGUUUAGGACUGAUACCAACAAAUUGAGAUAGUCAUGGGUCUUUGGCAUGGAGCUGAGAAUUGAAGCCAUGGAGUGUAGUGGCUUGCUGAGGGGCCUUAUGUGAUGUGCUAGCUACCUCUUCCCCUCCAUUUCUGCUCUAUCCCUGAUGAAGGCCUUCUUCAUCUUCCAUCAUGACGUCAUCCUCCCUCCCCACACAGGGUCUCUGCACAUACUUGGCCAUUUGCAUAUUCUUCAGAUUACUACUUAGACACCACUGUGUCAGAGAGCCUUACCUAGCCACCAGACUAGGUUAGGUCCCCUUGUUGUAUUGCUGUUAAUGUAUGCUAUAUGUUUUCCUUUAUAGUCCUUACUAAAAUCUGUAAUUAACUCUUUUUGAAAUUUUUUUCUUUAAUGUCAUCUCCUCCCCAAUGGACUGCAGGAUCCUUGAGGGCAGGACUCAUGUCUGCUGUCAUUCAUCGUUGUACUCUUAGCAGUCAGCGCUGUUCCUGCCACAUGGAAGUCAAAGCUCUGUUCUGCCCCAGACUGGAACACAUCAUCCAAUGCAGUUCUGAGCAUUAAAGGGAAAUCAUAUUGAAGAUUUCAGCCUUGAAGUUAACUGUGAAGCUUGCUGCAGAUGGCUAAUGUUUCAAAGGGUCUCACCAUCAGAGUUGAGCUGGAAAGCAGUCCAGAGGACGUGUGCUCUUCCUCGGUCUUAUGUUCUCAUUCAGCUGAGACAGUCGGCAGAAGCUGCCGUCGUGUAAGCAUAUACGUGUACAGCUAAGUCAUAUACAUCUAAAUAGUCAGCAAAAGCAGAUUUCAAGACACUUUAAAAUGUACUGCAAAAUGUACAGCAUUUAUUCACAUACAGACAAAAAGGCACAAAUUCUACUAAAUAGUUCAACAAAAAAUACAGCUGUCCUCAACUAGUUUUAUAAAUACUUUCAAAAAGGGGGUAGAAAUAAAUACAGGAUUGGGCCAUGUAAUAUAAAAUAGUCAUCUCUACAUAUACUUUGUUUAAUUCUGAUUUUUAACUCUUCAUGCACCUUUUUUUUCAAUUUUAGCUGAAUGGACACCAAGCUAGGCACAUAGUGAAAAAUCCUCUGUACAAGGUUACAAAUGUAAUGACAAAUUUGUCCAUUUCAAAAUAAUUAAGAUUUGUACACAACACAUAAAACCCUUCAUUUAGAUUUUGUGUUUAUAACCUAACAAAUGACAUUCCAGGCAACUUUACAAAAGUUUAACUAGCCUACAUUUUGACAUAAUACACUGAUCAUAAUCAAAGAUAUUUCUUGGUCAGGAUGCACAAGGAAAGAUAAAGCUUUGGAAAAAAAAGAAAAGAAAAAGAAGAAAAGAGCAAAUGGUUCCAUACUCAGAGUGCAGGUGGGCAGGUUGGGCUGGUUGCGCUCAUGGCCACCUCAUACAGAGUUCCCAGCAGGACAUGAAACUAACUUAACUUACAAAGCUAUCAUUACACUGUCAGAGAAACCGUGCUCUGUACCAUUUGCAUUUCAAAGCAGGAAUAGAAAGUGUGGGCUUUUUAUUUUUGUGUGUUUUGUUUUUGUGUGGGUUUUUUUUAUUUUUUUGUUUUGUUUUGUUUUGUUUUUUGGUUCAGCAUAACUUGGAACGUUUGAAAGCUUUUCAACCUAAAUGUGGGGAAAAAACAGGUAAGGCAUUAUUUUUGCACACAACUAGCAUUCCUAAUAGUGCAAAUGAAUCUGGUACCUCUUAUAAUGGUGAGAGGUCAUAUACUUACUAGAAUUAAUUUAGAUUUUCUUUCUAUGGCUUGACAAAUUAUCCCUCUAUAUAUUCUGCUGUCAUCCAGGGCUGUUGCUGUAGUCAAAAGAUAACUGUAGAUAGAGUCCACCUUCUGUAUUCAGCAAAAGGUUUUUGCUCAUAUGCAAAAAAUUUGAUUUUCCAAUUCUGCUGUGAGUGAAUGUACAACUUGGAUUCAUAAGAAACUUCUAGUAUCUACAGCGACAGUUUAUCUAGACAACAAUCUUUCAAAAUGAGCCCCAUAGCUCAAAAAUAGUCAAUCUAAAAACCUGGGUCAUUCUUUCCCCUCCCCUGAAUUAGCUUAAAAUGUAUUCGAAAAGUUAAGACUUGGUUUGAACAUGUCAUACAUACAAUGGGGAUGUAUCAGAUCUACUAUUUGAUCAUCUGAUAAAACUUGCAUAGCAAGAUGGAAUUCAGUAAGCCAUUUUCAUUGUUGACAAUCAUCUGGAAGACUUGGAAGUUAACUACAGAACUCAAGCACUAUUUAUUAAGUAUCAGAAUGUCCCUGCCACAUGGAAACAGAUGUGUAAAUGAAUCAGGAAUCUGAAUACUGAUACUAACAAACUAAGGGCUAAUUUAGGGAAAGUUGGGCUUGUUCCAAGUGCCCAUACGUCUAAAUCUCAUUGCUACUUAAACUUUCCUUCUCUUAAGUUUGAGUCACAACUACAUAGAAUUCCAAAGAAAAUUAAACAGGACCUUAACACUAUCCACUGUCUUAAUACAUAAUGCACUGCAGUGAGUGCAGAAACAGAACAUUGUACUCAAAUUUAAUGCUAACUUUAUUAUUGCUGAUAACUUACUAGUUAUUGCCAUUUGCAAUCAGAAAGUCCAAGUUACGAAUUAGAGCUUAGAACUCUGACUCCAGGAAACCUAUUACACUUCAGUCUCUUUCCUGUGUAACCUUGGUCAAUGGUAAGAGGUUAUCGCAACUUAUUGCCUUUCUAUUGUUUUUAAAAUAUAACCUAUUUUGCUUUUUAUCCCUUUUUUGUUUUUCAUUUUUUUCCUUUUUCUUAAGGAAUCCAUCCAUGUUGGAAGGCCGGAUUCCCCGACAUAUGCACUAGUGGUUGGCUCUGGGAAGUAUGAGUCACCAGAGUCUGGAAGUUCAUGGCUUGAACUUGAAUAGCCAUUGUGUUGUUGGAAGCUGGAUGGCCAGGGAAAUCCCAAGCUGGCCCGAAGGCAGUGGUUAGGGAGGAGGAAGGCCUUGAGAGGACUGGUGACCACGAGGCCUCAGUGGCCCUUUCUCACGGCCUCACUCUCCACCAGCCCCACGUGCACGACACGUUCAAGGGCUUCCGGCAGCAGGACCUUGCUUACAUUUGCCCUAAACCUCCGAGCCCCAGCAGCUCUACCCUGUCCCUUCAGAUCUUCCAGUAAUGACCUUUCUUAAAAUGUUCUCUUCCCCGUCUCUAUUUACACAUGAAUUCCCUAGAGUUCCUGAAGCUUCCGAGCUACUGCCUGUAUACUAUGACGCAACAAAAACAGCCUUGUGGGCCAAAGUAUAAAUGUGAUUUCGAGAUCCAACACAGUCCUAGAAAAUAAGUUUUAUGGGCUAUUAAAUGGUACGUGAGGGUUUCUCAAGAAUCAUAUCUGAUUCCAUAUAUUCAGGUCACCAAGUUUGUGCUUUGGGAAGAAUACAGAGGGCAGUAAAAGCUCAUGAGGCUUAUUUAAGCCUUGCCCUCUAUAGAAACUUAUUUCAAUUAAUUCUCAUUUUAGUGUUUAAUUCAGCCUCUAGUUUUAGCAGUGUCUUAUGGUUACAAUCUACUCUUGUGUUUCCUCAACAAGUUGCAGAUAACACACACUUCUCACAAUGAUUUAUAAAUGACUCUGAAAAAAAAUUCAAUCUGAAUUGCAAGUAAAUGUGUUUGUGUAGCUCAGGAGAGAGAGGUCUCUGCUCGUGCCCCGUGUCAGAGCUCUCGUCUACUUGGUGACAAGCCGGCGGUGCUCCCACAACAGCUCUGCUUCAUUAAGAGGCCAAAAUGCUUCUCCUGAUAAUGUCUGUCCUCCUGCUGAUAGUGCUGCUGGCAUGUAUGCAUUUCUUUUCUGAUGCCUCACUCUCUGAGUCACUCAUUUCUACGUCAGGGACAUACCCGUCAUUCUCACUGUCAGAUUUCAAUUUGCUUUUCGCCCUUUCCUUGGCUGGAACUCGGCCUAAGCCCAAAUAGGGGUAGUCUGAGUGCUGGUGGCAGGCCCCCUCCUGGGCCUCUCCCUGCUGCUGCCGUUCCCCCUUCUUUGGAAUCCGGAAUCCUCCCCAGUUUUUCACUGGGCUGGCAGGUGUUGUAGGCACUUUGACUGCAGUCUGGUUAUAGUUUACUUUGAUUAGGGAGCCGUUACACUUGGGCACCAUCUCCUUCCUUGUGCCGGGUGCUGACGGCCCCCCUCCAGGGGAGGUGGCAGCUCUUGUGCUGUCCAGAUGCCUCUGGGACACGUCUGUGGACCUGAGAGGCUUGUGACUCUGUUUAAAAGGUCUGUCCUUUAAGUCUCCCUUACUAGGAUCACAAUGAAAACGGUGGUCUCUUCUGUUCCCGUGGUCUGGCAUCACCACACCGUUUUUCUGUUGUGCUGACAUGAGACGUGCUUCUGCAAAGGUCUUUUCAAAACUCAGAAAGCUCUCUGUGCCCGCCGUCCCCUCCCUUCUACCACACAGGUCUGGCUGCUUGAGCAGGCUUUUGCCUUCACUCGCGGUGCUGUUCUGCAGUGGGUCUCGCUUAUGGGGCUUUUUCAGCGAGUGAACCAAGGAGGUACCCAUCUGCUUCCUGAAGAAUGCAGAAUGCCACUUCAAGUCCUCUAUCUUGGGAGCAUCAGGGCCCACAGAAGGACUGUUAAACAAAAGCAUGUUUUCCAGUGAGGAGGAGGAGCAGGAAGAAGGCACACCUAUGAACAUAUAAACCACAAAUAAAGAAAAAUUACAGCAGCAGCAGAGCCAGAGGAAUGAAAUUCUAGGUCUUCAGCAUGGCCCCACUAUUGCAAACUUCCCACCCAACAGUACAGCAUACAACCACCAGUUUAAAAAAUUUGGUUUUUAUAAUAAAGAUAUUACCUGCCUUGAGAAUCUGCAUUCAGUCUACAUACUUAACAGCUGAAGUUCAUGUAAUUUUUUACAAAACACCACCUUUUCAAGGAAUACAUUUCCUGGUCAAGCAGAAUAAGUGAUCUGAUUUUCAGCUGGGAUUCACUGCAGAAUCCAUCCAUGGUCAAGAAGCUGCCUCCACCCUCCCCCCAGUCACAGGACAGCACCUGCCGUGCGCUACGGUCUCCUGCCUCACCUACAUGCUAGGAGCGCCACAACCACGAGGGCGGGGACUGGGGCUUCUAAGUUUCCUUUUCCAAAGUAUCUACACCCUCACAGGGCUGUGAGGAUAAACACAUGUAAAUUGUGAAAUGAAUAAAGGAAGGGUGUUUAAAAUCA